CCGCAACGAAACCCUCCUUUCCGCUCAACCCUAACCGGCUUAACCCCGCGAGUCCCCCCUUAUCCCCGAAAGAGACUGGGGUUUUCUCCCACCGCCGAACUCCUCGUCGUCGUCGUCUUCCUCCUCGGAUUCGCUCCCUCGAAGAUCGCCGCCAUUAACGGCGUAGCGAAGCCCUCCUACCCGUAGGGUUUCUCGCGUCGGAUUCCUGAACCUUGCACUAACUCUCUUCGCGGAAGCUUUUCGACGCCUCUCGAUCCGUCUCUUACUUGUUUAGUGCAUCAAUUUCUGCAAAGAUGUCGCGUAAAGGUUUGAUGGAGCAGGAUUUAAGCAAGCUUGACGUGACAAAACUGCAUCCGUUGUCUCCGGAAGUUAUUUCACGUCAAGCAACGAUAAAUAUUGGUACCAUUGGUCACGUGGCCCAUGGAAAAUCUACUGUCGUAAAAGCCAUAUCCGGUGUCCAGACAGUUCGCUUCAAAAAUGAGUUGGAGCGUAAUAUCACUAUUAAAUUGGGGUAUGCCAAUGCAAAAAUAUAUAAAUGUGAAGAUGAAAGAUGUCCUCGACCAAUGUGCUACAAGGCUUACGGAAGUGGAAAAGAAGACAGUCCUCUCUGUGAUGUCCCAGGAUUUGAAAACACCAGAAUGAAGCUUUUGAGACAUGUUUCAUUCGUUGACUGUCCGGGGCAUGAUAUUCUUAUGGCUACAAUGCUUAACGGAGCUGCAAUUAUGGAUGGAGCACUUCUUUUGAUUGCUGGUAAUGAAAGCUGCCCCCAACCUCAGACUUCUGAGCAUCUUGCCGCUGUUGAAAUCAUGCGUCUCCAACACAUUAUCAUUCUACAGAAUAAGAUUGAUCUUAUUCAGGAAAGUGCGGCAAUUAAUCAACAUGAAGCUAUCCAGAAGUUUAUUCAGGGUACGAUUGCUGAUGGGGCUCCUGUGGUACCAAUAUCCGCCCAAUUGAAAUACAACAUUGAUGUUGUUUGCGAGUAUAUUGUCAAGAAAAUACCUAUUCCUGAGAGGAAUUUCACUUCACCGCCAAACAUGAUUGUGAUUCGUUCUUUCGAUGUGAAUAAGCCUGGUUCUGAGGUUGAUGAAAUAAAGGGUGGCGUUGCUGGUGGAAGCAUACUGAGGGGAGUAUUGAAGGUGAACCAGUUCAUUGAAGUCCGUCCUGGAAUUGUGAUCAAAGAUGAGAGCGGUAACAUUAAGUGCACCCCCAUAUAUUCAAGGAUUGUUUCCCUAUAUGCUGAGCAGAAUGAGCUACAGUUUGCUGUGCCUGGGGGGCUUAUCGGAGUGGGUACUACAAUGGAUCCUACACUGACCCGUGCAGAUAGGCUUGUUGGUCAGGUUCUUGGAGAAGUUGGAUCUUUGCCCGAUGUUUUCGUCGAGUUGGAGGUGAACUUCUUUCUGCUGCGAAGGCUUUUGGGUGUAAGGACGAAGGGCACGGAGAAGCAAGGAAAGGUGUCGAAGCUAGCCAAGGGCGAGAUCCUCAUGCUCAACAUCGGAUCCAUGUCAACGGGCGCCCGUGUGGUUGCCGUGAAGAAUGAUCUCGCGAAGCUGCAGCUCACUGCGCCUGUCUGCACCAGCAAAGGUGAGAAGGUGGCACUCAGCCGACGAGUCGAGAAGCAUUGGCGGCUUAUCGGCUGGGGCCAGAUCCAGGCUGGUGUCACUCUUGAAGUCCCCCCUUGCCCAAUCUGAUAACCUCCUCCCAUUUCCUAUAAACGAAGUCAUUACCAGCAAAAUUAAAGAAACUUGUGAGAGAUCGAUCUAAGUGGGACUGAGGGUAGAGAAUCUCUGCUUAUAAUUUUCGAGUGGUGUAGAAAAAAUUUGGUUUUCCCCACUUUUACCUUUUUUCUUUUGUUUCAAAUUAUCGAGAGAAUGCAAGGUUCUAGAGGCUAUUUUUGUUUGUAGUGGAAUAAUAGCUUCUUAUUUGAAUGUCUAUUUGUGUGGAUUAUUACCAGAUGGUAGCCUGUUGCCAUAGUGCUUUUCAAAUGAAUUGGAUUAAUUAGAUGACAAGGUACAUGAUUUGCUGUUCCAAAUGUUUUUUGUGUUGUUAUUAAGAGCACUCACCUUGUUAGUAA